AUGUCUGAAAAAACGGAUAAAAAUUUCCUAAGCACUAUCGGUUGGAAUCCAAUUAAGAUCAGGAAAUCAAGUCAAACAUCGAAUAACAAUAGCAAUGUAGGAGACACCAAAUUAUUCGAACUGGAAAAAUCGACAGAAUCCAUUGAUACAGUUGGAAGUGAAAAUUCUGAAGACAACCCUGAAUCUAAAAAACCAUCUUUUCUGGCUAGACAAUUACAGAAACUUAAAUUUAGAGGAAAAUCUGGUCAAUCCGCCACUGCUUCAGAUGAAAAGGUUAAUUCGCAGGGGACAAAUAUCGAUGCAACUGAGAAAGAUGAGGUGAAAUCAAAUACAAUAGGGCUUCAUAUUGAUUCACCCGAUUUAAAUGAUGGCGACCGGACCUUUGCACUAUUUACUAGAUAG